GACGUCAUGACGGCCCCGGUCUCUCAUGGCUGAACAACAACAACUGUCGGCGAGAGACAAACUUUCACAAACUUCUACUGAGACAAAAGAAAGUUGGAAAUAGCAGAUUGUUUCGGUUCUAUAACAGUAUAGGCACGUUUGUCUGUUCUUUACCUACAAUUACAAAUGUGGAAUUACUGAUGGAUUCGAGAUAUGACAUACCGCGGAGGGCCGCCGGUGGCAGCGGGGGCUCCGCGAACUCGUCCCCCGCUCUGGGGGCUCAGUCGCGCCGCAGGAAGAUGCCUCCCAGACCCGCUGAUUUUAAACUUCAAAUUAUCAUUAUUGGCUCCCGUGGUGUCGGUAAAACCAGCAUCAUGGAGAGAUUUACCGACGACACUUUCUGUGAAGCUUGCAAGUCGACCGUAGGAGUUGACUUCAAAAUCAAGACAGUGGAGCUGAGAGGGAAGAAGAUCCGACUACAGAUAUGGGACACUGCCGGCCAGGAGAGGUUCAACAGCAUCACGUCAGCCUACUACAGAGGCGCCAAGGGAAUAGUGCUCGUGUACGAUAUCACGAAGCAGGAGACUUUUGAAGACCUGCCAAAAUGGAUGAAAAUGAUCGACAAGUACGCCUCAGAGGAAGCAGAGCUCCUCCUGGUCGGGAACAAGCUGGACUGUGAGACUGAUCGUAUCAUCUCCAGACAGCAGGGGGAGAGGUUUUCCUCUCGAAUAAGUGGAAUGCGCUUCUGCGAAGCUAGUGCCAAGGAUAACUUCAAUGUGGACGAGAUCUUCCUGAAGCUUGUGGAUGACAUCCUUAGCAAGAUGCCUCUGGAAGUUCCCAACAAUGAGCUUUCCAACAGCGUCCUGUCUCUGCAGCCUGAACCGGAAGUGCCUCCGGAGUUGUCAACUCCGCGCUUGCGCUGUUGUUGAGAGUCAGAGUGGUCCCCCAUCUUGCACACACGUACACACACACACGUGCACACACACACACACACACACACACACCCACACCCACAUACCCACAUACCCACAUAUACAUGCAGAGUACCAAUCUGGCCUCCAGGGGGCAGCAGACAGCAGCAGUUAGGAGUUAUUGACUGCUGUUGUAAGAUGCAUGGACUCUCAACAACCACUAGUAUAUUCCCCUGUUUCUUCUCCUGUUUUGUACACUAUGACAUGAACUACAGUAGCACUUAGGCCUGGUGCAUCGCCCACUUCCUACCACCCCUUCUGUCUACACUUGGCCCAGACUACCUCAUUCCUCGGACCGUUAGGCUAGCUGUGACCCGCAGGUUCCUUCGAGGUAGAGAGCCCUCUGGUAGCAGUUGCACAUUUUACAAGGAGGGUGAUUAUCGAGGUUACAGCUUCCUGUUUUCUUCUAAAGAAUACUCAUCACUCAUACUGUACAUUAAGUUUGACAUUGCCCCGACGGUCUGGUAUCUCUGCAUCAUCUAUCUUACAGAUAAGGGAUAAUAAUAUCUUACGUCUCUACUGUUUAGUUUAAAUUCUGGGGUUAGGUACAGUAGUUUUAUAUUAUUAAUAGGUAUUAUUACCAAGUGACGAGUUGACUUGAGGUAAACAAAAGCACAUGAUGUAAAUAAUGCGUGUUGCUGUAAUGACUGGACAAGGUGCAGAUUUUUGUGGCCAGCAGUAGGUGGUUUGUGUGGUGGUGGAUCAUAUCAGUUUGUAUUCCUUUUGCCUUAAAGUGUUAAAGGGGCUGGAACGGCUCAUUUCACAUGUGUAUAAAUUGUGAUGUUUUGCACUACAAUCCAUCUUAGCUAGUUAAGCUCACAAAAGAAAGUGCACAACUUUUAGUUUAGUAAAGAUCGACGCUGCCUCGGUAGUGGCGGCGCUGAUCUGAACUCCUCCACACCCUGUGGGAUGGAGAUGCAAGGAGAGAUGGGUAAUGUAGUCUUUGAGGGAUUGGUGUUUUCACAGUGUUCCUUCAUGCGUUUUACUGGCUUUUUAGAGGAAGUAGAGAAAUGAAGUUGCUGGUAGACACACGGUUUUAGACUUUGUUUUGUUACUAAUAUUGCACGGUGUUUUAUUUUAUCCUCUGAAUGCAGAUGCAGUUGUGAGAAGAACGGGGUGAAAAAGGAGGGUUUGUGCAGUAUUUGAAGGACUCAGGAAACUUCGAUCGGCUCAUAUCUGCUCAUUUUGACAUGGCUUUUAUCGCAGAUGUGAUUUUGAGUUUCAUAACAAAUUGAUAAAGAAACAUCUUCAUAUAAAAUCCUGCUUGAAGCGUGUCUUUGUGUUUUUAAGAAGAGGUCAGCCGUUUUUUUUUUAAUUUAUGAUUUGGCCGUUUGUUUCAGACCAGUAUGGGUGUAUCCCAUUACUUGUACAUUCUCAAAAAAUUCUAGGCUAUGCAUGUUAAGCCCUCCUGUGUUCAUAGAUAUAAAUAGACAUUUAAUUCUUCCGUCUUUUUUUUUUUUUUUUUUUAUUAAUGCAAUAUUGUAGCACUGAGUGUUUCUGUUUUUGUUUUUUACAUGUUGAAGUGAGACCCCGAGUGUGUGAGGGUGAGGAAGGACGAGUCCAUUCAAAGGACCUGAUUUAAACGGACUCAUUGGUUCAUUUGAUUUUGUGUUUAGGUUUGAUGUUAAAGUCAAGCUUCUGUGGACUUAAACUGGCACAUCGUGUAUUCUAACAAAUGAAUAGUUUCAUACCAAAACAAACACUGACAUCCAUGCACACCUUGUAAUACGAUUAUCAGCCAGCAAACAUAUGAUCUGUCACUGUUGUUGUUGUUUUGUGGAAUGAAACCAUUUGUCCUCCCUGACUUUUAGCAUUUGGCACUAACCCUGUGGUCUUCGUUUUAAUAGCCAAGCCUUAUACUACUCAGUGUUUUCAAUAUACAUUUUAAGAAAUGCUUUUAUUUGAAACGUGUUUCCUUUUUAAGAUGGAAGACUGUACUUUGUAUUAAACCUGUUAUAAGUCUUUGAAAAGUUUUGGCAUGUUUAAAGCGGAUUUAUCGUAUUUAUAACUUGUGGCAUUCUUGAACUAAUGAAAUGCAAUUAAAGAUAUCUAUAUUUAUUACCAGA